GGAGAGAGAUUUUUAAAGAUUGCGAAGCGAAAGCAAGCACUGAUAACCACCCAACAGGCAACAACUCAACUGAAACAGCAGAGAAGCAAGGUCCAAACAUGUCACUAGCAUCUCUGACGUCGUGCUCUCAAACACUAGUCUACUACUCUUCCUCCAAGCCGCCGCCUUCUCCGCCUCAGCAUCCGCCUCCGCCAUACAGUUUCCUCACACAUGCCCACAAUUCUCCAUUAAUUCCAACCACUUUAAUUCCAGUUUCUACCCUCAAACUAUCUCCAUAUUCUCCAACAUUGCUGACAAAUGGGAACUGGGUUCCUCGCAGAAACAGAUUUCUUCCUGCAAAUUCAGCCGACUCCGACGCACAAAACGAAUCGGCAACCGGAGAAAAUGGCGGCAACCCAUCAACCAGCCUUCUGUCUUUUCUUUGUCCCCUGCUCAAGCUCUUCUCCGGAGGAGAUCCCUCUCAAGAACGGAACUUUACUUUGGAGGUAGCUACGUCUUCGUUGUCUACCUUGGCUAGAUUCCCUUGGGGAUCAAGAUCUCUGUCAAAUAAUAUGGACAGCCAGGAGAUCACUACCUUGGAUCCUCCUUUGCGUUUGCAGCUUUUUGAAUUUGAGGCUUGCCCUUUUUGCAGGAGGGUUAGAGAAGCUUUGACUGAGCUCGAUCUUUCUGUAGAGGUAUAUCCUUGUCCAAAAGGUUCGGUAAGACAUAGAGAAAUGGUUAAAAGAUUCGGUGGCAAAGAGCUGUUUCCUUUUCUCAUUGAUCCAAAUACUGGUAUUUCAAUGUAUGAAAGUGGUGAAAUUGUGAAAUACCUAUUCCAGCAAUAUGGUAAAGGCAGAAAGCCUUCAGUGGGGCUUUUGGAAAGCACAUUAUUCACGGGAUGGAUGCCAACAAUUCUGCGAGCAGGCAGAGGAUUGACAUUGUGGGAAAAGGCGAGCCCAGACCCACCACCCAAAAAGCUGGAACUUUACUCAUACGAAAACAAUCCGUAUGCACGAAUUGUGCGUGAGGCACUUUGUGAAUUGGAACUUCCUUACAUCCUUCAAAACGUGGGAGAAGGGUCCCCGCGGUCGAAGUUACUUGAGGCAUCUGGAUCCAAAGAGGUUCCUUACCUGAUUGAUCCUAACACCGGUACUCAUGUCGGUGACUACAAGAAGAUUCUGUCGUACUUGUUCCAGACAUAUUCAGUAGCCAUUCUUGUAUAGUUAGAAAAUUUAGUUGCACUCGGAAGCUGAGAUGAAUUGAUCUUUAUGCUA